AGAGGGAAGGGUUUGCGCUUCCCUCUGUUUCGGGGGCGACCUCUCCGCGCGGCUGUGGUCUCUCCCAAGCCUGGGAAAUCUUUGCAGCCCAUUGCUGUCUUUGGGGAGAAGGGGAAGAGCGAGAGGAACGCCUUUUCCUCUCCCCUUCCAACUUGACACACACGCCCCGUCGCCACUCCAAACUCCGCAGGCAGAGCCCGCAGCGGGCCGGCUGGCCGCGCGCGCCCCUCAGCUGUCCCCGCGCUCCGGGGACCCGUGCGGGGAGCGCCAACCGGGUUCUGAGGAGCGAGACCCCGACGCGCACCCCUCUGCCCGGCGCUGGUUCGGCAAAGCCCCAGACCCGCAGCUCGAAGCCAGGAUUAGGCAUUUCCUGCCGCGCGGAGCGAGAGGGGCGCGGGGGCAAGGACGCGAAAUGCACAGCCACUCCGGCCGAGAGGAAUAAAAGUUCGCCCCGCGGAGACUUACCCACGCCGUAUUUCUCGUGCUCCACACUAAGGAUUGUAUCCUGGAACCACUUUCCCUGCCAGAAAGUCCACGUGGCCCCAGCAUUUCAGAAGUUUCUCCAUCUGUUCCUUGUAUAUUCUGUGAAGAACACUUUCCUAUAGGUGAACAAGACAAACUUCUGAAGCACAUGGUUAUUGAACAUAAGAUUGUCAUAGCUGAUGUCAAGUUGGUUGCCAAUUUCCAAAGGUACAUUUUAUAUUGGAGGAAAAGGUUCACUGAACAGCCCAUUACAGACUUUUGUAGUGUGAUAAGAAUCAAUUCCACAGCUCCACUUGAGGAACAAGACAAUUAUUUUCUGUUAUGUGAUGUUUUACCUGAAGAUAGAAUACUUAGAGAAGAACUUCAGAAACAGAGACUGAAAGAAAUUCUGGAACAACAGCAGCAAGAAAGAAAUGAUAACAGUUUUCAUGGCACUUGUAUGUUUUGCAAUGAGGAGUUCCUUGGAAACAGAUCCGUUCUUUUGAACCACAUGGCCAGAGAACAUGCUUUCAAUAUUGGAUUGCCAGACAACAUUGUAAAUUGCAAUGAAUUUCUAUGUGCAUUACAGAAAAAGCUUGACAACUUGCAGUGCUUGUAUUGUGAGAAGACCUUCAGGGACAAAAAUACACUUAAAGAUCAUAUGAGGAAAAAACAGCAUCGUAGGAUCAAUCCUAAGAACAGAGAAUAUGACCAAUUUUAUGUCAUCAAUUAUUUGGAACUUGGGAAAUCAUGGGAAGAGGUUCAAUUGGAAGAUGACCGGGAAUUGCUGGACCAUCAGGAAGAUGAAUGGUCUGAUUGGGAAGAAUACCCUGUCUCUGCUGUUUGCCUAUUUUGUGAAAAGCAAGCAGAAACAAUUGAGAAAUUGUAUGUCCACAUGGAGGAUGCACACGAAUUUGAUCUCCUCAAAAUAAAGUCAAAACUUGGGUUAAACUUCUAUCAGCAAGUGAAACUGGUUAAUUUCAUUCGGAGGCAGAUGCACCAAUGUAGAUGUUAUGGCUGCCACGUGAAGUUCAAAUCCAAAGCAGAGUUAAAGACUCACAUGGAAGAAGCUAAACAUGCAUCACUGCUUCCUGAAAGAAAGACAUGGGAUCAACCAUUGUGAGUACUGUUCAGCUAAAUGUAC